AUGGCGGGAAAAAUCCACACGAGGCUUCUUAUCCUGUCCGAUACACACGGCGAGGAUUUCGGCUCCGAGGAUCGGCCUCGACAGCGUGUGGAUGUGGCUCUGCACUGUGGUGACCUCACCGACGGCUCAAAACUAGAAGAAUUUCGGACCUCGAUCGAGAUGCUCAAGAAGAUUGAUGCUCCUCUCAAAUUAGUCAUCGCUGGAAACCAUGAUUUCACCAUGGACAUUACUGCCUUCGAAUCCAAACUUGCGGAGGCAUCGCAACCCCUGGAUCCUGAGAUUGUGGCUCGUGAAUACGGCACCCUAGGCCAAGCUAGACAACUAUUCGAGGACGCAAGGAGCGGGGGCAUCGUCUUUUUAGAUGAGGGAACCCACCGUUUCACACUUGAAAAUGGAGCGAUGCUAAAGGUUUAUGCCAGUCCGUACACUCCCGCCUUGGGUGCAUGGGGAUUUCAAUAUCACCCAAACAACGGGCGCCGGUUCGAUAUCGAAGAAGACACCGACGUCGUCAUGACGCACGGCCCUCCGAAAGGCAUCAUGGACAUGACUCACGGCAGCGAACGUGCGGGUUGUCCCGACCUCUUUACCGCCGUGGCCCAUGCCCGACCCCUCGUCCACUGUUUCGGCCACAUCCACGAGGGUUGGGGUGCAAAGGUGGUGACCUGGAAAGACAGCGGGUUUGACCAACCAUCCCAUUUCACCUCCAUCGACAACGAAAACUCGCCAGUUGUCGAGAAAUUGGCUACGCUCCGAGUAACCACAUUCGACUCAGACGAGACCAUCCAGGAAAAGCGUGCGAAGCUAGAACAGCUGAAAAACAAUAAAUGUGCCACAACAAGUCACUGCAGCCAAGAUGACUAUGAGCUGGAUGCAGGCAAGGAAACACUGUUCGUCAACGCCUCCAUUGUGGGACACGAGGGCUUUGUGCAGAGACCCUGGUUGGUCGAUUUGGAGCUUGCGAAGCACACGGCAUUGAAGAUGCGGCCAUUUGUCCAAAAUUUGUGUUGA